GACAGGAGGAGGAAGAGGGAGGAGACCGACCGCGCGCGGCGGCGACGACGACGACGCAUUCGGUGGUGAGCUGUUGCGGUGUACGAGCCGGCGCCCCGGCGCGGCGGUGUCGCGAUGACGAGGCGGUGCUCGCACUGCAGCAACAACGGCCACAACGCGCGGACCUGCCCCGCCCGCGGCGGGGGCGGGGGCGGGGGCGGUGGGGUGAGGCUGUUCGGCGUGCGCCUCACGUCGCCGACGGAGGUGGUGAUGAAGAAGAGCGCGAGCAUGAGCUGCAUCGCGUCGUCGCUCGGGGGCGGUGGGUCAGGGGGAUCGUCGCCGGCGGGAGGGGGAGGAGGAGGCGGAGGAGACGGCGCGGCGGGGUACGCGUCCGACGACCCCACGCACGCCUCCUGCUCGACGAUUGGCCGCACCGAGCGCAAGAAAGGUACACCUUGGACUGAAGAAGAGCAUAGAAUGUUUCUGAUGGGUCUGCAGAAGCUUGGGAAAGGAGACUGGCGUGGGAUAUCUCGUAACUUUGUUGUUUCCAGGACCCCAACUCAGGUGGCUAGCCAUGCUCAAAAGUACUUUAUUAGACAGACAAAUUCAUCGAGACGAAAGAGGAGGUCAAGCUUGUUUGACAUGGUCCCAGAAAUGCCCAUGGACGAAUCCCCAGUGGUCGCUGAACAGCUUAUGCUCUGCAGUACUCAAGACGAAACCACAAAUUCAAAUCAAUUGCCAAUGUUACAUCUUGUGAAACAGAAGGAACCUGAGUUUGCUAGACACCUGUCAGACUUGCAGCUAAGGAAGCAUGAGGACUCUGAGUUCACAGAACCAUCACUAGCAGCACUAGACUUGGAGAUGAACCAUACAGUACCUUUCAAGGCCAAAUCUGUUCUGACAAUGCCAACAUUCUACCCAGCAUUAAUACCUGUUCCACUAACACUUUGGCCUCCAAAUGUUGCCAAUGUGGAUGAAGCAGGAACAACCCAUGAGAUCCUAAAGCCCACUCCAGUGAAUGGGAAGGAGAUCAAUAAGGCAGAUGAGGUUGUCGGUAUGUCCAAGCUUAGCAUCGGUGAGGGUAUCUCUGACACCAUACAACCCUCUGCUCUUUCCCUUCAGCUUACCGGACCGACAAAUACGAGGCAAUCAGCUUUUCACGUGAACCCACCAAUGGCUGGACCUGAUCUAAUUAAGAGAAACAACAGCCCAAUUCAUGCAGUUUGAGGAAGCAUGGAAAAGGCCUGUUGGGUCAAAUCUUACAGAUUAUAUUACUACUUUCAAUACCAUAGGAUGUUGCAUAAGGUCCUGAGCAUGUACUUCUGUAACAGCUUCUAAGUUAAUGUAUCACCAUCUUAUGUUCUUUGAUAUCGAUAAUGAAAAAUGUUGUAUGCAUAUACCUUUGAUAAUACAUCUUCCAGGCUUUGGAGAAAAUGUUUUUCAGUUU